CACGUGAGGGGCCAGAGCUCGAUAAGUGGGACCAGAUGGAGCUCAAGUUCGGUCGCCUCCUCGGCGAAGACCCCAAGCUAACCCUCGCCAAGAUAAUGGCAAGAAAGGCGAACCCAGAUGCGUCUUAUCUCGAAGUAGAGAAGUCAUUUAACAAGAAUAAAGGAAAAUUGGAUGAGAGCAUGUUUAACAUUCCCAGCAAUGUGAAUGUAGAAAGACUACCUUCUGAUUUGAACUUGUCACGGCCCGUUAUGAAGAAAGGAGGCAGGACUACUGCUGACUUAAAUUUGUUGCGACCAGUCAUGAAGAAAGGGCCAAAUGCUGCUAGACCAGUUGAAAGGCCUGUUAUGACUGAGGCGCAGAAGAAUCAAUUGCAACGGGAUGUUGCCAACAAGAGCGUGACUCCUCCUAAUGUUUCCUUGAGAAAACCGGAUGUUUUUCAAGAAGAUGAGGUUGAAACUGAUAAGCGUUCAAAGAUGAAAAUCAAGCCGAACAUAGUCUUGAAAAUGAGGAAGGAUAAGGAUGAAAAUCUUGACGACGUAACUCUUUUAAAGAAGCCCGAGGUGGUCCAGAAGCCUUUGGACCCUGAUCAAGAGAACAUGAUAGCUAGUGGACCUAAUCAAGCAAGCUCUAGUGAGGUGAAGCCUUUGAGUCCAAGUGAGAUGUUACAAGAUAAACCGGAGAUGAUUAAUGUAGUAGAACCUUCAGAUAGUGUUAGCGAAUCCAUUGCUAAGUCGUCCAAUUUAGAUGGAUCGGAUACGGGAUUGCAGCCAACUGAGGAAAGAGGCGUUGAAUCUCACGGUGUUGAAGCUUCCUCUACAGUUUUGGAUGACAUGUCGGUGAACAACAAUAACGAGGGCUCUCAAAAAGCUCCACUGCUAGGAAAACCCCAGAGGCUGGACUCAUCUGUGAAGAAGGUAUUGCAGCCAACUGGAGAAGUGACUUCUAGCAUGAAGGAAGAGGGCCAUAGCUCUGGUGCUGAUAUGGUCAAUCCAGUAUCAGCAGAACAAGAGGAACGCGAGGGUAAUGACUGGAACAAGGCGGAAAAUUUAAUUCGCACAGGAGAAAGAACUGAAGUUGAACUGGUUAGCUGCAGCAGCAGAGGCUUUGUUGUAUCCUUUGGGUCGAUAGUAGGCUUCUUACCAUAUCGAAACCUUGGUGCCAAAUGGAAGUUUUUGGCUUUUGAGUCUUGGUUAAGGAAAAAAGGUUUGGACCCCUCAUUAUACAGGCAAGAUCUAAGCAUUAUCAGGAGCCAUGAUAUGCCAAACAAGAACAUUGUUAUAGAAUCUGGUAAAAGUCAUGAAAUGGGUGACAAAGAUGACGAAUCGCUGACGCCUAAUAUGAAAUUUGAAGAUCUUCUCAAGGCAUAUGACAAAGAGAAGACCAAGUUCUUGACCUCCUUUGUUGGUCAGAGGAUUAAAGUAUCUGUCCUGCUGGCUGAUAGAAAUUCCAGAAGACUAAUGUUUUCAGGGAGGCCAAAAGAAAAGGAAGAAUUGGUUGAGAAGAAGAGAAAUCUCAUGGCUAAACUCAGUGUAGGGGAUGUUGUGAAAGCCUGUAUCAAGAAAAUUACGUACUUUGGCAUAUUCGUCGAGGUAGAAGGAGUACCUGCAUUGAUUCACCAAUCAGAAGUCUCAUGGGAUGCUUCUUUGGAUCCAAAUUCCUACUACAAAAUUGGCCAGAUUGUAGAGGCAAGAGUUCACCAGCUGGAUUAUGCUCUUGAACGUAUCACCUUGUCACUAAGAGAAAUAACGCCAGACCCACUGAUGGAGGCCCUGGAAUCAGUAGUCGGUGAUCGUACUUCUUUGGGGGGUAGUCUUGAAGUAGCACCGGCUGAUAUUGAGCCAUGGGCUGAUGUGGAAUCACUCAUUGAGGAACUCCAAAAAAUUGAUGAAGUUCAAAAUGUUUCAAAAGGGCGAUUCUUUCUAAGCCCAGGCUUAGCUCCAACCUUCCAGGUUUAUAUGGCUUCUAUGUCUGACAAUCAGUACAAGUUACUUGCUCGAUAUGGGAAUAAGGUUCAAGAGGUUAUAGUGCAAGCUUCGUUGGAUAAAGAACAGAUGAAGGCCACAAUCUUAACAUGUACAAAUAGAGUGCAAUGAUUGGUCAAACGAAUCAAUGGAGAUUGCUGUAUAUUCUCUUAUAUGGCCUCAUAAAUCAGUUUAUGCCUAUAUUUUAUUGGAGUUAGGAAAUCUCAUCAUUGAGGGGACAUCAAAGGUUCAUAGUUAUUUGCAAAAUUGAGGCUUCACUUCGUAGAUUAUGGCUUGAAAUCGAAAGCUGCAAGUCAGUCUAUUUUCGAGUAAUUAUCCGCAUGAAAACACUGUGAAAGUGUGAGGGAAGAGCUAAGCAACUGAAGGCGAUCCGCAGCGUUUUUGUCCAGUCCAACUCCGAAAGAGUAAGGAGCUCAGGAAGUGUUGUAUAUGUAAAGAUUGGAAGUGUUAAAAAGGAUGGCGGGACUAAUACUGUUAUACAUGAACCAACACAGCAAAUAUAUCUUCAUCUCAUUGAUGUUUGUUUGUUAUAAUUGUAAUUUUUUACUUAGAUUUUCUAGAUUGUAUGCAAGGACUGCUUGUCCUAGUUAAGCUAGUGUUAUAAUUUCAUAUGCUUAUUGCAACUUCAAAUUCAUCAGGGAACUAGAAAUAUUUUCAUUUUUCUUCCA